AUGCGAAGGUAUAAGGCAUUUAGUGAACGCGAAGAAAGGGACAUUAAAAGCUGUGAGAGAGAAGAAGAAAACAUGGAUGAAGAGCAGGGUUUUAAUAGUUUUAAGAAAUAUAACUCUGCAUUUGUGGAACGAGGUGAAGCACACGACAGAUUCAAUAAUAUAUAA